AUGGCAUACAUUGCAUUCAAUAAAGCGCUUGAGGUAUUUGCAGAUGAACUUUUAAGACAUCAAUCAUUGAGAAGGUAUCUUAUGACUGCUGAUUCAGUAUCUUCCGACUGUGAAAAGACUUUUGUGUGCCAAUUUUCUUCUGGAGAUAUUGCUGCUGUCUUGGAGGUGAUAUCUACGCAUGUUAUCCUGUCAUUUUCUAAUGAGAAAGCAUUUGAGAAUUUCAUCAGUAUAUUAUGUUUGCAUUGGAACGGAGAUUUUAGAUUUCAUGAACUUGGAAUUGCCAGUGCCAUGGCGUUGCUGCUUGACCCUGUUGUGUAUUCUACGACAAAGAUGUUCCAGGCACAUGUAAUUUCAUUGGUUUCUGAAGUCAUUGAUUCUGGCUUAUCUUCGGGGAAUUUGACUCUAGAUAUAAGCUACUACUUAGCGGCAUUUCAAAAAUCUGUUAGCUUGUACUCUAAGCAUGUGUCUAGCUUGCAAAUGGUUAGUUUUUGCAUCGAAUUGAGUUGUGCCUAUAAUAGAACCAUGUUUGAGAGAGGUGUUCCAAUUUUUGAAUCUUAUAUUCAGGAAGGAACACACACCAAAUUAAGUCAAGUCUUAUCAAAAUCAAAUAGUUCAUUGGACUCUUACGGUUGCAAAAUGUCAUCUAAAACAAAAGCUGACCUUUUGACUGAGUACAUAGAAUAUAUGAAAGGGAGACAAUACAUAUUUACUGAUUCAUGCCGGGGUAAGGCUGCCUCAACCUUAUAUUACAUAAUCCAUCAAGCUUUCUCUCAAGAUUCUGCUGGAGAUUUAUUGUAUUUAAAGAAAAACACUAGUGCUGAAGAUAUUUAUCUUCUUGCAUCCAUAUUGAAGUUAAUGAGUGUUUCACUGCUACAAGCAAUUAAAUGUCUAAGUAAGAGUGGUGAUCCAGGUUGUCUGAAAACCACAGGAAGUUCCUCUGUGCAUGAUGAAUAUGAUUUCUUGAACAGCAUCAUCAACCCUUUUCAACAAUUUAAGUUUUGUUUACCCAUUCAGACCUUGCUGCACAAUAUGUUGAAAAAUCAGCAAACAAAUUACCAAGUCUCUAAAUUAAUGUUUGUGCACUUUUCAGGCUUGUUAUCUCUAAGUUUUUACAAUGGUUUUGAUGUGUUAGCAAAAGGAUGGAUCUUUGAUUACCCAACUGAAAGAGGGAGGGAAACCUUGUACAAGUAUCCACAAAAUCAUUAUCAUGUCGAUGGUGAUGCUCUCUUGCUGAGUGCGUGCCAAUUGCUGCAAGAAGAGCCUGAAUUACAAACUAUAGAUGAUUCAUCACAAACUGCAAAGAUAAACCGUAAAGGCAUUAGAAGUUUCAGCCGAGUAAAGAGAAAUCUACAUUUCACAUAUGAUGAGGAAGCUAGCAUCUUCAGAUGA